AAAUAAACUUGUCAUUAAAAACCGUAAUAAAAAUAAUCAUAUAUAAAAUAAAAGAUAUUAAAAAACAGCAGUAACAGCUCAAUAAAUAAUUUAAAAUAUUAGUAUCAUAAAAGUCCGUCAAACUUAAGUGAAAUGUUUCAUUAGUUAACCUAAAAAAUAAACUAGUCACUAAUCACUGUAAAUACAUAGCACAACAAUAACACUGCAAUAUAAAUAAUAAAUAUCCUUUUUUACACCAAUAUAAAAUUAACAAAAAAUAAUCAAUUAAUUAUAAUAGUUAAGUAUAAAAAACAAUUAACAAUAUAGUAUUAAAAAUGAUUAAAAAUAUUCUAGUUAACUUUAUUGACGUAGACUUCACGUUAUGGCUAUCAUGGGUGCUGAUGCCGCUGCUGAUAACAUUUUUACUGCCAAUAAUUAUUUUACUGCUGUUGUACAUGACAGCGGCUAUUUUUUACAUCUACAAGCUCCACCGCGGAAGACUGCAGGAGGCGUACGGGCGAGACUGGAAAUCCGCGGCGCGCAGUGUCGUCGCAGCAAUAUGGGACGUCCAUGGGUACAUCUACUACGGGUACGAAGUAGUCGGGAUGGAAAAUAUUCCAAUAGACGAGCCAGUGUUGUUCGUUUAUUACCACGGAGCGGUUCCAAUCGACCUGUACUACCUGAUAGCGAAAAUGGUCCUGCUGAGGUCCAAAAUAAUCCACACGGUAGCUGAUAAUUUUCUCUUCAAAGUUCCAGGCUUCGCUAUAAUCUGCGACGUGAUGAAGCUGAUACCGGGAACAGUCCAGACCUGCUCACAGAUUCUCCAGGAGGGAAACAUGCUGGCGAUCGCACCAGGCGGCGUCUAUGAGGCCCAGUUUGGAGAUUCUUAUUACAAGCUGAUGUGGAAGAACCGGAUGGGCUUCGCAAAAGUUGCCGUCGAGUCUAAAGUUAAAGUCAUUCCUUUCUUCACGAGGAAUCUCAGAGAGGCCUUCCGGACUGUCAGCUGGGGCAGAAGACUCUGGCUGAGGAUCUACGCGCUGACCAGGUUCCCUUUCGCCCCGAUCUACGGCGGGUUCCCGGUUAAACUUGUCACGUAUAUCGGAAAGCCGAUUGACUAUCAAGAAGGCUUGAACCCGGAUCAAGUGAAGCUGAAGGUCGCCGAGGCUUUAGAAGAGUUGAUUAACCAGCAUCAGAGUGUUCCUGGGAGUAUCACAAGAGCGCUGCUGGAGCGCGUUUAUAAUCCGACGAGACACAAAAAGGAUUAGAUAUAUUCUGGCUGUGGUUAUUUAUGUUGAACUUUUGUUAUUUAGAGGGGAAGGUGUUAGGGGUUUAAUUUAGAUAAGUUUUAUUUAAUGGGGUUAAGGUGGAAGAAUUAGGGUGGAGUGCAAUUGAUAACUAGACGUUAGCUGUCGUUCAGAGUUUUUUAUUUGAGGUAAAAAAAUAAUGGAUUAGAUUUAAUAGAAUUUAAAAAAAAAAUUAAAUUUUUUUAUUGGGAAAAUAUUGAAAA